AUGAUGAACCCACCCCAAAUAACCACCCUCGUUUUGUUGUUUCACAUUUUCCUCCUCAAUACAUUAUCUUCCUCAGGAAAUGUAGCUGUAGACCCAGCAGCCAUAGCACUGUUGAAAUGGAAAAACACUUUAUUUACAUUACCCCAAUCUCUAAACAAUACAUGGUCCGAAGGUAACACCAAAAACUUGUGUGCUUGGUAUGGUGUUAAAUGCGAUAAUAAUAGUUUGGUUAUCGCUCUUAACCUAACCAAUGCUGGUAUCACCGGAACUCUUGCUAAUCUCGAUCUCAGCUCAUUAUCCGCCCUCCAAAUUCUAAACCUCGAUGGAAACAAUUUCAGCGGUUCCAUACCACAAAAUAUCGACACCCUGUCCAACCUCACUUCCUUCAUCCUCAGCAACAAUAUGUUCAACAAUUCCAUUCCACCCCAAAUUGGAAAACUAACCAAUCUGCAGAAUCUAACCCUCUUCAACAACAAUUUAUCGGGGGAUAUCCCUUCAGAGAUUUCCCACCUCCAGAACCUAGUGCACCUCGAUUUGGCCGGCAACUAUUUGGAGGGCUUUAGUAAGAAUUUGUCUGAAACCAGUGGUUUCCCUUUCUUGACAUAUUUUAGCGCCUCCCUAAACGAACUCACUUCCGAAUUCCCGUUUUUCAUACUAAACUGUAAGAAUCUCAAGUUUCUCGAUCUUUCUCUAAAUUACCUCACUGGUGAUAUACCGGCUACCUUAGGUCAACUUACAAACCUUGAGCAUUUAGACCUUCGAUCAAACGGUUUCCUUGGGGAAAUUCCUCCCGAGCUCGGGCAGUGCACUAAGCUGACCUACUUUUCACUAGCCCAGAAUUCCCUUUCCGGGACUCUGCCCAAGUCCCUGUCGAAUUUAAUCAACUUAUCCGAGUUGGGCUUAUCCGAAAACAACUUAUCUGGCCCUGUAUUCAAUUUUCUCGCCUCGUGGACCAAACUAAUAUCCUUACAGCUCCAAUACAAUUAUUUCACAGGGGAAAUCCCAUCUCAGAUAGGCAUCCUCACAAAUCUCAACUAUUUAUACCUCAAUGGUAAUAGUUUUACGGGCAAUAUACCCCAAGAAAUAGGAAAUUUGACAAAUCUGGUACACUUAAUCCUCGAAAUGAACUUUUUGUCGGGCAAUAUACCUCAGUCAAUAGGGAACCUGAAAGGCCUUUUGAGGAUUGAUUUAUCUGACAACAACCUCAAUGGGAAUAUUCCACCCCAAAUUGGAACACUAACCAGUCUGCAGAAUUUAACUCUCUUCAACAACAAUUUCACGGGGAAUAUCCCUUCAGAGAUUGCCCACCUCCAGAACCUGGUGCACCUCGAUUUGGCCGGCAACUUUUUGGAGGGCUUUAGUAAGAAUUUGUCCGAAACCAGUGGCUUCCCUUUAUUGGCCUAUUUUAGCGCCUCCCUAAAUGAACUCACUUCCGAAUUCCCACAUUUCAUACAAAACUGCAAGAAUCUUAAGUUUCUCGAUCUUUCUCUAAACCACCUCACUGGUGGUAUACCGGUUUCCUUAGGUCAACUUACCGAACUUGAGCAUUUAGACCUUCGGUCAAACAUUUUCAUUGGAGAAAUUCCUUCCGAGCUUGGGAAUUGCACUAAGCUUACCUACUUAUCACUAGCAAAGAAUUCCCUUUCUGGUACUCUUCCCAAGUCCCUGUCGAAUUUAAUCAACUUAUCCGAGUUAGGCUUAUCCGAAAACAACUUAUCCGGCCCUGUAUCCAAUUUUCUCGCCUUGUGGACCAACCUAAUAUCUUUACAGCUCCAAAGCAAUUAUUUCACAGGGGUUAUCCCAUCCCAGAUAGGCCUCCUCACAAAUCUCAACCUUUUAUCACUGAAUAAUAAUAACUUUACGGGCAACAUACCGCAAGAAAUAGGAAAUUUGAGGGAUCUGACAGAGUUAUACCUCGCAACAAACUUUCUGUCGGGCAGCAUACCUCAGACAUUAGGGAACCUGAAAAGCCUUUUGAGGAUUGAUAUGUCUGACAAUAAACUCAGUGGGAAUAUUCCUGCCCAGAUUGGGCAACUGAGAAAUUCUUUGAAAGGAAAUAUUCCGGAGUGUUUUGGCACACUUGAACAGCUCGAGUUCUUUAGCCUGAGCAAGAACCAACUCACUGGCCCGAUCCCGUCCAAAUGGUCCCCCAACUCAUGCAUCACCGAUUUUCUCAUCAAUGAUAACCAAAUAUCUGGAAAUAUUCCAUACGAGCUAGGGAAUCUCAAAGAACUGCGUGUCCUCAACUUGAGCUCCAACAGACUAACGGGGAAUAUCCCGGCAGAGCUCAAGAAUUUGAACAAGCUUAUUCAUCUCGAUAUUAGCAGCAACCAAUUGAACGGAGAAAUCCCUGGGGAGGUCGGCCAGCUAACAGCACUCCAGUUUCUUCAUCUGUCACGUAAUAACUUGGCGGGGAAUGUCCCAGAGGAAAUCGGGAAUCUGAGUCGCUUGCUAAGCUUGAACUUGAGCCAUAACCGUUUAUCAGGUAAAGUACCAGAUGCGAUUGGCAAGCUGAAUAGUGCCACGUAUUUGGUAGACCUCAGUAAUAAUUUACUGUCGGGGGCCAUCACGCCGUCAUUUGGAGGGUUGUCCAACUUGGGAAGGUUGGACCUGUCGAGCAACAACUUUAUGGCCACAAUUCCAGAAAAUGUAUGCAAAAUGGUUGCUGCAACCUAUUCCGAUUUUUCUCACAACAGGCUGUCGGGAGUCGUGCCCAGCCCGGAAGCUCUCUACGGAAUAGUCGACGGACACGCUAGUUGCAACAUACAUUAG